UCAACUUUAAGACUUUUUAAUAUAUUUAUAUGUAUUUUUAAUAUUUUCUUAUUAAAAUGAACUAAAAUAAGAAGUGCAGCAUUCUUUCAUUUCUAUAGGGCCAAUCCCCGUAAUUUCGACUUUGACAACAUUGGUAAUGCUCUUUUGACCUUAUUUGAAAUCCUCUCCUACGAGGGAUACGCUGAAGUACGUGAAAUUAUCACUGCUCAAGUUGGGGAUGGCCAAUCCUCGCAGAUUCAACUUUGACAAUGUAGGCAAUGCUAUGCUGGCUCUUUUCGAAGUUUUAUCCUUCAAAGGAUGGUUGGAUAUUCGUGAUGUAUUACUUCAGAGAUUAGGUCCUGUCCAUGCCAUUUAUAUACAUAUUUUUGUGUUUCUUGGUUGUAUGAUUGGACUCACUUUAUUUGUUGGUGUAGUCAUUGCUAAUUACAGUGAAAAUAAGGGAACAGCUUUACUUACCGUCGACCAAAGAAGAUGGUGUGAUUUAAAGAAGAGACUUAAAAUAGCUCAGCCACUCCAUUUACCACCCCGACCCGACAGUCACAAAAUCAGAGCUUUUAUAUAUGAUAUAACCCAGAAACUUUUCUUUAAGCGUUUUAUCGCUUUAUUAGUAUUGGCAAACAGCAGUCUUCUAUGCGUUAGCUGGAGAUCAGAUGAAAACUAUACGAUGCCUUUAGCCACUGUAUCUGCUUCCUUCACAGUACUUUUCACCAUUGAAGUAGUGAUGAAAACCAUUGCUUUUACACCUCGUGGUUAUUGGCAAAGCAGAAGGAACCGCUACGACCUGUUUGUCACAUUCAUUGGUGUAAUUUGGGUGGUGAUGCACUUCAUGUUAAGGAAUGAUUUAAGUCAUUCAUUUGGAUUUGCAGUUGUGAUAUUCAGGUUCUUCACGAUUACAGGAAAACAUGCUACAUUGAAGAUGUUGAUGCUGACUGUGGUUGUAUCAGUUUAUAAAAGUUUCUUUAUCAUAAUGGGAAUGUUCCUAUUAAUCCUGUUUUAUGCUCUGACUGGAGUCAUUCUAUUUGGAACUGUCAAAUUUGGAGAAAACAUAGGGAGGUAA